AUGACCGCCUCCACUACUACCACGACCUCCGUAUCCCUGAAUCAUUCUUCUUUCAGACUCACCGGACCAUACGGGGACUGGCGUGACGAUCUUCAAUCCCAGGGUUUUGCGGUAGUGAAGAACGUAAUUACCCAAGAGAAAGCCAAGUACUACCAACAGAAAGCACUGGACUGGCUCACAUCAUUCAAUACACCUCUGGAUUUGAAUAAUCCAGCAACUUGGACGGUCGAAAACCUGCCAUAUCAGAGCAAGGUAAACACCUUCAACAAGUAUGCCGUCUCUCAUGAAAAAUUCAUGUGGGAGGCUCGCAUGGAACCCAAGGUUCUGGAAGCAUUUUCCAAAAUCUGGGAAACUGAAAAGCUACUCGUCUCCUUCGAUGCCUUGAAUGUCACUUUGCCAAACAGAGUGGACAAGCCAGCCCAAAAGCCAUGGCCGCAUGUUGACCAGUCACCUUUACGUCGGGGCCUUCAUUGCGUUCAAGGUAUUAUCAACUUGAGCCAGGCCGGUCCCGAAGACGGAUCUCUCAUCGUGCUUCCCCGCUCCAAUACAGUCAUGGAACAGUUUCUCGAUACUCGGACUGACCCAUCGAAUUGGAAGACAAAGGAGCUUCAAUUGAUUAGUGAAGAUGACAUGAAGUGGUUUCAAGAGCGAGAUAUGAAGCCCCUGAAAGUCACGGCUGAGCCUGGCGACUUGAUUCUCUGGGACUCGCGCACCGUUCAUUGGGGUGGAGAGCCCAGCGCCCAAAGCAACACAAUUCGAACUGUUAUCUAUGCAUCAUACUCGCCCACGGAGUGGGCGACAGCAGAGUCAUUGGAGCGAAAGAGAGGAGCAUUUGAGGCGUUUCAAGCGACCACGCACUGGGCUCACGAUAAUAUCACCCCUCGUGAAAAGGAAGCUUACCUCCCUGACGGUAGCCUGGAUCCGCGCAAUCGAUCCGAACCACUCGAGAAACCAGAACAUACCGAGGGAUUGCUCCAGCUCGCGGGUGUUAAGCCGUAUUGA